AUGAAAUUUUUUAAAUACAAUUUAUUUCUCCUAAAUAUUUUUUUUUUUUUUUUUGUAUUUAUUCUCUUUUCAUCAAGUGAAAAAAUGUUAGACAUAGGAAGUUUGCCAAUUUCAGAAAAACGACUUGCUUUUAAUUUGAUACAAAUUUAUAAUGAGACAAAAGAUGCUCAAAAUAAUUUUUAUGUAAAUUUUCAGAAUACUCAAAAAAUGUUUAAUGAAAUAAAAAAAGAAAAUAACAAUAAUAAUAAUUCAUCAUUACCAAGUUUUCUUCAAAUAAAAUCAAAAGGACCAGUAGAAGAAGAAACAAUAUGGAGAGCAUUAUACGACACUCAAUUAAGAAGAUCUCCACCAACUGAAGAAGUUCAUGUUUAUUCAACCGAAGAUAUAGAAAAGGAAUAUGAACAAGCAAAAUUAGAUGCUUUUAAAUCACAAAUAGAUAUUAUGAAAAACCAAUUUGAAAAAAACCUACAAUAUAUGAGCAAAGAAUUGUCAAGACAAAAAAACAUAAAAGAUGUUUUAAAUCAAAUUCCUUUAUUAGAAGAAGAAAUAAAUAAAGUACAAAAAAAAAAACCAUAUAAAAAUGGUCCUAUAAAAAAAAUUUAUUCAACAAAAAUUCAGUGCUAG